GCAAGCAUCAUUGAUUUUUUAAUCUUUCUAUCAAUAUAUUUAUUCUUACGCUCUCUCAUCAGUCAAAAAAUUUGGAAAACCACACAACCGUAUCAUCCACAGAAGUCAAAGAAACUUCCCAAUCGCCUAAUCUAAAACAAACAACAGUUGACCUUCCAGAGUCUUCAAUUCAAGCAACCGAGCAAAUCACAGACGCAAAUAAAUUAACGGAAACUACAGCAUAUCUUGAUCCCACGGCAGAUAAAACAGAUGUUGUCCCACUGGUUUCACACGAAACAGAUCCAUCCACAACAUCUAGUAAUGUUGUAACAGAAGAAUCGACAUCAGCCCUUUCCAGUUUACUGGAAACAACUCUUGCCGCAGAGACGUUAUCAACAGGACAGCAAUCCGCAAUGACUACAGCCAAUUAUCAGCAAAUAUCAGCCACACAAGAUUUAGCAAAUCUCACUACAUCUUUCAAAAUUUCAAGCCCCGCGUCGAGUGCUUCAACUCCAGCAACAGUAACUCAAAAAAUUACUACAACACUCAAACCAUCAUCAAUCACUACUAAACCAUCAUCGAUCGGAGUAUCAACAGUUCCAACCACAACAAAAAUCACUACCAAAGCCUCGACUGUAGUGGUAGCGUCGACUAAGAUAUCUACAAGCAGCUCAGCCAAAAUUACAUCAACUACAACAGCAAAACCAAUAAUUACAACAGCAAAACCAACUACAACAGCAAUAUCAACUACAACAGCAAAGCAAAUUACAACCGCAAAUCCAACUACAACAGCAAAACCAACAACAACAGCAAAACCAACUACAACGGCCAAUCCAACUACAACAGCAAAACCAACUACAACAACAAAACCAACUACAACAACAAAACCAACUACAACAACAAAACCAACUACAACCCUUAGAGCAUUAACAAAUCGGCCAACUACCUUGAGAACAUCUUCAACCACAACCACUACCACGUUUAGACCUCUUACCAAAGAGAGACUAUACACAUGCGGUUCUGCCCAGUGCACAAAAAAUGACACGUUGGCAAAAAGUGAUCCAGCAUUUGUGUAUCGCUCUACUUGGUACACUGCUUGCGGGAAAUCAUUCAUUUUCGGAACAAAACUCGUUAAUUGGGAGGAAAACUUUAAAAUGUGUUGCAGCGUAGGAAUGAUCCCAAUUUCAAUUGAGAGUGAAGCAAAGCGCUCAUGUUUAGCGUCUCUUAUGAAUUCAAAGUGGCCUUUUAGUAUUUAUUAUUGGACAUCUGGCAGAAAACUUUUCCAUCCAAACUCGACUUUCGAGUUUUGCCUUUCUAGCGGUAACAUUGUGACAAACACAACAGCUAAAAUUUGGGCACCUGGUGAGCCUGUAGCAAUGUGGGAUAGGCUGUGCCUUAUGUUGGCGCUUGACAAGGACAAGAGAAAUGCGUUGAUGUAUGCUAGAAAUUGCACGGAACAAUACAUCUUCGCUUGCCAGGGCCCGGUGACCACAACUCCAGCUCCCAAUCCACGAUACAAAAACUGCGAAAAGGUUUCAAGGUGCACGAAAGAUAGCACCCUGUUUAGAGAACUGGUCAAUAAGGCUGUAGUAUUGAAUGGUCUGAUAAGCCAGUAA